AGAACGGAGCAGAACGGAGUGGAGUGCAGUGGAGUAGCGCGUGAGCGGCCCGGCCUGGCGGCUGCCCGUAUUCUCGACUCCCGUAAAUCCUCCACAGGAUCGCGCGCAAGCGGGAACGCGAUUGGUCGCAACGGCCGCCCCACCCCGGCGGUCGCGUCGCCUACGCUCGUCAUUCUCGUCAGUCGGACUUGGGCCACGGUCGAGUGUGUGUUGUAUGUCGCGGAUUUUCGUUCACGUACGCGAGCGUACGGAUUUGAGAGGAAAAAUAUUGAGCGCUCGCGCGUAGCAUGUCUUGACGAGUAGGACAGGCGCUUCGACUGGGUUCUCGUAGAUAAGGGUUCUCCAUAAUGGCGGGCGGUCAACAGCUUCCGGAGCAGUACAUGGUACCACAAUACGCGAGGAUCUUCCACAGUCUGCCGCAUCUGAACGUCUCUUUACAUUCAGUCAAUAAUACGUUCAAUCCCCACUCCGAGAUCUAUUUGGAGAGCCUCGGGAUACUGGGAAGUAUUCCGGCAGCCUGGUUGAUCUUAACUUUACUGGUAUUGCUGGUUUAUUUGGUAACAAGAUGCUGCGACCGGAGGCCGCGCCCCAAGAAGUCGAUAACCGCGUUGAAGUGUUCGCUGGCCAUCCUAGCAUUACUCUGUAGUGGAGCAGUGGCUGUUGGUCUUUAUGGCAACGACGACGUACACAACGGCUUGGUACAACUCAUAGCAGCUGCGAAAAACGUCGAUGGGAUCCUUAUGGGCGUCAGAAAUCAGACUGACACUAUAGAAGCGACUCUGAAGAAAAAAGUGCAGACGCAAUUGACUGCUCUCGGAGAUGAAUUCGAUGCUCCGGUCAGUAAUAAAACUAUGCUAAGUUGGCUUCUAGCGGCACUUAAUGGCAUGAAACAAAAUACGAGCAUCGCUGUAAAUCGAAGUUUUGAGAUACGAAAGCCUUUGAGCGGUAUUAGUCUUGCCGGCGCCAUUGGGAUGGGUGAAAAGAUUGAGCAAUUGCGAUGGCCUAUCACUAUGGCGGUCUUGAGCGCUCUACUUGUCCUCUGCGUGGUUCUGGUGGUCGGUGUUGCACGGCACUCUAGAUGUGUUCUCAUAACAUUUUCCGUAUUCGGCUUGUUUGCGGUUAUCGUCUCUUGGCUCAUGGCAUCCUUAUACUUGGCAACUUCUGUAGCUCUAGGUGAUCUUUGCGUCUCACCCGAUGGUUACUUGAGCAGAGCCGUACCAUCUACUUUAGCCUCCGAGGUACUCUCAUACUACACGCAUUGCGAGAACACGCGCAGCAAUCCGUUCACGCUAAGAUUGCGAGACACGCAACGUGCGAUGAAUAACAUGAGGCAUAAUUUGAACACGGUGACUAAAUUAGCUCUAGAACUGUUCAAAGACCAGCAGCUCCAGCCAAGACUCAGCAGUUUAGCUACAGACGUUAAUACCAUAGACAGACUCAUAUCAGGUUUAUCCACGUUACUCGACUGUAAACCUCUGCACAAGCAAUACGUUCAUGCCGCCAAGAGUUUGUGUCAUUUGGGAUUGUAUGGAUUGAGUUUCAUGCUAAUAGCCAGUUUAGCUGCAGGUCUCUUAUUCACCGUAUUGGUUUGGGUGGAUUCUCAUACGUGGAUAUACAUACGAAAACGAAGGGAUUAUCAUCAAGUUGACGAGCAAGAUCCUUACUUACCACCAUCGGCGGCGUCACAGGCGAUAGCAGCAAGGACCCUUCGAGGCCAAGGGUCGUACCCGCCUACAGCCCCUACGCUUAAUUCGAAUGCUCUUGGCACUCAUAACACGAUUAAGCAGCCUCUCUUGCUAACGCCGCCCCCACCGUCCUACGCUACUGCGACUGCUCGAGCACGUCAACUGCACGAGAGCAUGUUAAAAGGUGGGGGUGUUAACGGGAGUGGAGGGGGCGGGGAUCACAAAUCGUCUCAGCAUAAUCAGCAAUCAACGGGUGGACGAACUGAACACCGAUCUGGACUCGGAGAUCAACCUGGCCAGUACGCGACUCUGAGCAAACAGUGCAAGACGCUAGAAUCUAGUAGAGAACCACCUUGGACGCCUAGCGUGGCUUCCUUCACCGGUACCCUGUCUCAUAAUUCGCACGGGCCCGCGCAUCUUGCCACUUUUCAGGACUCGCGAAAGACACAAACGCUGGAUCCGAAGAAUCUGGCCAAUCUAAAGAGGGGUCCGACUCAGGCCUGGAAUCAAAAUCGACCGCUUCCACCGAAUCCCGCGAGUCAGCAACCUACGUGGGAGUUCGAGUCGCGCUCGCAGACUAAUAUGAAUCAGUUUCGAUCGUUGGUGCGGAACAAAGCGCCUAAUAUUCGCAUUCAAGAUCAAAUGCAAGAUCAGGUCAGAACUUUGGAUAGAAAUUUUUCGCGUAGCCAGUUCAACGGUACCACACCGCAGAACAACACGGUGCCGAAUAUGUACGGUACAUAUAAUCGAGCGCAGGGAAGGCAGGAGAAGCCGACGGUGGCUACGCUGAGUCAAGUACAGGGUAGUGAUCCUAAUCUAUAUGCUGUAACGGAACUCUAAUCGUCGAAAAAGAAGAGAAGAUGCGAAAUCAGUAUGAGUAUUUGCAGAAUAGAAGCAUCGUUGACAAAGAGAGUUUUGUCUUUUAACAAAAUUCAGAACAUGCGAUUUGGAGUUCCUAUAAAAUAACAAAGAAAAAGAAAACAGUAAAUUGAUUUCAGAGACCUGCGAUAAAAGUGAGAGAAAUCAUGGGGGGGAAGGGAUGAAAAAAAAUUUUUAGAGAACUUAGGAACUUGUGUGAGACAUACUUUAUAUCCGAGAUUUUGUAUUUGUAUAUCAUGUACAGUGAUUGUGGUACGUCCUUCUAUGUUAUUCUCCCUCUUUGUUAUCGCGUUCUUUGAUUAGACCGCGCGCGAAGUAUCCAAGGACAGGCUGGAAUGCAUACUUAAACGUAUGCAAUUAUAUUGCUUGUUGGCCGACUGGAAAACUGCAUGAACGAACAUGCACGAAAGAAAUCUUCACGAAGUUUUACACUGAUAUCGUUUCAGAGAUACUGCUCGCUUGUUCAUUCUAAAUUAGCCGUUAAUUUCGCGUGUGAUAUUUAACCGAGGAGUUAGAUAUCGCGACUUAAAGGAGACACCAAAAGACGAUGAAGGAACUAUUGAAAUAUACGAUUUUUAUAUACUUUUUACAUUUUAACCGAACGAAUCUAUGUUGAAUUUUCCGUGAGAGAUAUUUAAUAUACUUUAUAUGUGUGUGAAAACGUAUACAUAUACAUCUAGUUACCGCACGAAUGUCUGGUAAUUUUUACUCUGGCAGAAUUCGAUUGAUCAUAGGUCACGCUCGAUACUGCCAAUGCUCAGGCGAAUAUACUUUUUAAGUACAAAGACAGUGGUAGCACAGGCGUUAUGGAUUUUCAAUUUUUAUGUGCAAACGAAAAAGAGUUAAAAAGGAAAGGAAAGGAUGUCCAACGUAUCGAUAAAAGGAUAUUUAGAAACAUACUUCUACAGGCGGUAUUAGUUAAAAAUACUCUUUUUAAAGACAGUAAGGAAAAAUUAAUCUGUCUCAAAAAACUAAAUCUUAUUAUACUUUGUAAGAGUCGAGAAUGAAUUUUCUGCGGAGCGCAGUCUUCCUGAGAUCUUCUAACAUCAGAGAUAUACCGAGUAUAUUAG